AUGGCAGGCUGGCUGUGAGAGUGGGUAACCCGGCGCAUAUGGGCACAGGGAAGAGCCGCCCAGCAGUGCCAGGGCUGAUGAUCCGCUCACUGGCUGCAUGGAGGGGAGAGGAGUGACGGGGGGAGGUGGCGCUGCCUCCAGUGCCUGGGAUAAAUGAGGAGUGCAGCAGCAGCAGCCCUUCCCUCCCCAGCAGCAGCUCAGGCUGGAAUGACGGCCACGGUGCGGUCACAGGGGCCGGAGUGACCCCCUCUCUCUCUCUCACCCCGGGCGCAGGAGCGCAUCCGUGCACGCGUCAGAGCGCAUCCGCUGCGCAAAGGGUUAUCCCGGCGAUGAUGAUGCUGGGAGCCGCCUCCUCCAUCGCCAGGGCCGGCUCCUGCAGGGAUGCUAUGUGCGUCACUACACGUCAGCCCCAGCAUCAGCAUCCAGUCCAGCACACAGCGCCCCGCUCAUGCAGCAGCAGCCGCCGGGAGAGCGAGCAGCAGGAGGAGGAGAGCGCCCGCAGCUGCCCGGGGUGCAUGGACACCAUGCCCACCCACCGCCACCUCCUGCCCCGCAACUUCAGCUGCACGGCCGUGCUGUACGGGGAAAGCCCGGAGGAUGGGGAGGUCACUGACGGGGAAGAAGAGGAGCACGAGGUGGAGGUGGAGAAGAGCAAGGAGCCCAGCAAGCCCCUCACCCGGGGCAGGGAGAUCAACCUGGUGCCCCAGAGCCCCACUGCCCGCAGGAGAGCCAAGUCCCUGCCCACGCCUGCCGAGCGGAGGCACCUGGAGGUGGUGGCCCCCAGGAAGAAAGAGGUGCGCUUCGCCGACUCCCUGGGGCUGGAGCUGACCUCGGUGCGGCACUUCAGCGACGCGGAGGUGCCCCGGGUCCCUUACCACGUGCUGGCCGGGCUGCGCUGCCGGGAGGCGUGCCCCGCGGGGGCGGAGCUCAGCGCGCUGCUGCUCCGCCCGUCGCCCAACUGCGCACGCCUAGAGCCGCUCUUCACCAACCCGGGCACCAAGCCUGACUUCACGGACCUGGUCAGGCAGCGCAAAGUGUGCCUGGAGAGCCUCAGCACCGACCCUUUCUGCAUCAGUGGGGAUCUCAGAGUCCUCAACUUGUCCUAUGAGAAGGAGGUGGUGGUCAGGUACACCAUGGACUCUUGGACCACCUCCACCGAGGUGAUGGCCACCUAUCAGCGGGGAUGUAGCGAUAGGUAUACGGACCGCUUCUCCUUUAAGCUGCUCUGCCCAGCCUUGUUGAAUAAGGAGGGGAUGUUGGAACUCGCCAUUCGCUACAGAGUUUGUGGGACAGAGUACUGGGAUAACAAUGAGGGCGAAAACUACAAGGUCAAGAGUCAUAAGGCCACCAUGUCCCCUCCAAAGGAAUUUGACAACGCAUGGAUCCACUUUAUAUAACGGUGGGGGUAGGUGGGGAAAGCACAGGAUCAGCUAGCCUUCCAUGCUACAUGGAAGAGCCACAAAGAUGGGGGUCACCGGUAAGGCGUGAGGUCAACGAGGCUUCGAAGAGGGAUAUGAGGAUCCAAUGAAAUAUUCAAUUAAGCUACUGUAAAUGAUAUUCUUAGUGAGAUAAUAGGGGACUCCUUAUUUAGUUUAGUGUCUGCUAAUAAGAGGUUCCAAAACUUCUAGUGGUUUAUGUGCAACAAAUGGCGUACCAGACACAAUACCGCCGGGUGUUAGGUUGCAGUAUACCAAGAAAAUUAGGCUCAUACUAGUUUGGCUGCAGUUUAUUUGAAAUGGAAGAUCAAAAUGCAAUAAUAUGGGGUAUGUAGUACAUUUUAAAGGAACCUAAUAUUGCCUUUCAAGAUGAGAAUCCAUUUAUAGUCACCAAGCGCUCAGGUUGCGUUGACAUGAAGAUUACACACAACCUUCAAUAAUCUAUAAUUGUGGCAACUCUCUGGAAGAGAAAGAGCUUUGUACAAAGACAAGUGCCCAUAAAUGACCCAUUUUCCAGCUUCUUGUUGGCUGUGGAUCACAGCUGCCUCUCUCAGCAGUCCAGGCUUAUCCAUGCUCAAACUCUAAUUUAUAGGAAGCAAAUCUGCCUGCAUUUCCCUUGAUAUGAUUUUCUUCAGAUCCUCAGUGGUGUUGGUGUUUCAUUUUGGAUUGACUUACCUGCCACCCACAUACAGUGGGCUGAGCCAAUAUUCAGUUUAGGAAGCAGUGAUGUCACUGAGGCAUGAGGCAGAAGAUACCUCAUGGCUCAGAGAUGUCUCCUUGUACAUUGAUAGGCUGCAUUAUCCUGAUUAGUGGUUCAGCAUAAAAUGUGCUGGCUGCACAGCAUACUGUAGGUGGCGGGUAGACCUUAAUGACCAUUCUAUAGAUUCCCACAGCAUGGUAGUGUAGCAACAUGGUGCAGAUUUCACCACUCUAGUAGUGAGGUGCUUUUCAUUUUAUUUUUCUUCCACCAGGGCACUUUAACCCUCUGUGUGCCGGAGUACAGUGAUUCAACUAAACAUUCACGUUUUGCCUGUGACAUAAUCAAUAUGUUGUAUUGCCUAUGUGGGCGUGCUAUUAGCUUACCCAUAUGGCAAAGAGGACGUUACUGAUGAAAAUGAUCUGUACAUUCUCCACUUUGUGACAUAAGGGUGUUUGUAAUCCCCUUCCCAUAUGAAUUUUUAUUUUUAUUUUUUCAGUUUGUAUGUACUGUGGUUAUGGUUUUCUUCUGGCAUAUGAAGCUGCACCUGCAGCACAAAUGUCUUUUUUUUUUUGCCUGUAACUUUUUCCUGUAUAUAUUAUUUAGUGUUACAUGUCCUGUACACGACUGCUUCUCCUUUUCUGCAGUUGGGUUGAGAGCAGAGCUGUGUUAAACAGGUCACUUCUGAAUAAUUUACAGAUUCUGCACUGUCUACUUCCAUAUGUGGGCUAGCCUUUCUCUCUGCCGUCCUUCACAAUGGGACUUAUAUUUAGAUCUUAGGCUUAGCAAGGUGGGCUGACGACAGACGUGUAUUAUCUUUACCACAGUUCACUAUUCGUUACACAGCAGCCUCAGUGUUUGUACAAUUUACCAUGGAUGUGUUCACUAUAUACAGUUAGGUCCAACUUAUUAUUUCACUGGUUUGACUUAUGUGGUCCGUUGCAUUUUUGUAGGUGUUAUUACGGGUUACGGACCAAAAGUAUGAUUUUUAUAAAGUAUACCUUGUUUUUAAGGGGUCUAUUCAUGAAGCAGUGAAAAGAGUGGAGAAGUGAGCCUGUGGAGAAGUUGCCCAUGACAACCAAUCAGCUGCUCCGUACAAUUGUAUAAUAUGCAAAUUAUAAAUGUUACUUCAAUGCUAAUUGGUUGCCAUGGCCAGCUUCUCCACACUUUUCACUGCUCCAUGAAUAGACCCCUAAGAAUGAUAUGGAUAAAACAUAGGAUAUAUAAGACUCCUGGGGGGGUCUAUUCAGUGAAAACUGUGGAGAAGUGAGCCAGUGAAGAAGAACCAAUCAGCAUUAAAGUUACAUUUAUAAUUUGCAUACUAUACAAUUAUACAGAGCAGCUGAUUGGUUGCCAUGGACAACUUUUCCACAGGCUCACUUCUCCACUCUUUUCACUGCUUCAUGAAUAGACCUCCUGGGGAGGCACUAUGCAUUGCAACACCUGCGAUAUACUGUAGUAGGGAUUGAUAGUGCUCGGUAAUGUGACUGCAUGUUUGCAAUAAAUAGAGGGAAGCACUGACACAAAAGUAUGAGAAAUGUGUUAAAACAUAUAGCAGCUACUUAGACGCUAACUUAGAGGAGUCAGAAUAACGGAUGCAAAAAUCUGAGGUUUUCACAAUGAUUACUUUUCUUACAAAUUAGGCGAGUUUCUAUGUACACUGUAUGACUGUAAAAACAUGGAGCUAGAUUCACAUUCAGCGGUUUGUCAAAGCCGCCGUUGAUGUUAAACCAGACAGGCAAAAACGUUUGUCUGUUGCUGCUCUAAAUUCAUCAGUCCAAUCCGCCGAUUGUCGGCGGCUACGACAAACUGCGGAAUAGUAAAUCUUUCCCAUGGCAUUUGUAGCAAGCAGUUUACCGCCCUGUAUUACAAUUUAAUAUAUCAUUUUACAGAUACUGCAUUUUACUGGACAAGAGUACUGGCUUUAGGGGUCUAUUCAGGAAGCAGUGAAAAUAGUGGAGUAGUGAUCCUGUGGAGAAGUUGCCCCUGGCAACCAAUCAGCUGCUCUGUACAAUUGUAUAGUAUGCAAAUUAUAAAUGUUACUUCAAUGCUGAUUGAUAGCCAUGGGCAACAUCUCCACUGGCUCACUUCUCCACUCAUUUUCACUGCUUCAUGAAUAGACCCCUUGGUGUUUUGCAGUAAUUCCUCUGUUUGUUUACAGAACCUGCAUUGCCAUUAAAAUCAAUGUCUUAUACAUGGGGGCUAUUCCGAUGUGGAAGCAAACCAAAAAAGCAAGCUACUCGUCAAAACCAUCCUGCACUGCAGGUGGAGAAGAUGUAACAUGUGCAGAGAGAUUUAUAGGCCCUACACACUGGCCGACAUCACUCAAAGAUAUGAACGAUCUCGUUGAUUAAUGAACGAGAUAACGUUCAUAUCUUUGAGUGUGGAGUCACCUGCGAUGAACGAUGCGCGGCCCUGCGCUCGUUCAUCGCUGGUCCACCGUCGGCUGUGCAUGCAGGCCAAUAUGGACGAUCUGCACUGCUACGGAGCCGGGUGACGGGGGGAGUGAAGAAACUUCACUACCCCCGUCACUGCGCCCCCGCCGCCGGGUCGUCCGUCGGCCGUAUCCGCCAUCGGGCAGCUCGGCGGCGGAUCGGCCAAUGUGUAGGGCCCUUUAGAUUGGGUUGGGGUGUGUCCAAACUGAAAUCUAAAUUACAGUGUAAAAAUAAAGCUGUCUGACGUUUGUGGGCUACAUGCAAAAGCAGCCAGUAUUUACCCUGCACAGAGAAAUUACAAAUGUAUUUCCUCCGCUUGCAUGGCAACGUGGUUUGUUCCAGAUGCAAUCUUGCUUGCUUUUUCUGCCUUACUUCCAAAAUGCUCUUCGGUUUUAAGGAGCACAUAAAGGACAUAAAACAAAAGAAGAUCUCUAAUGAAUGGGAUGGUCUUACUGUAGAUUAGAAUUGUCUCCAGCGAUUAAGGGGUGGGGACAGACAGAGGAACCUACAGUAUUUGUUGUUUCUGCUGCUGCCGAGUUCUUCAGUCAUGUAUUUAAUAAUUUCUGUACUGUUCUUGUCUUAUUUCCGGCUGAUCUGCAGCAGCAUAGAUCACACCAGAGGGAGGGCACAUUGUCCUUUAGAAAGUUAUUCCCUGCCACAGAUAUUGUCUUGCUGUACUGCCUGAUUACAAUUGAGCUAUUCCAGUGUCCUUGUGCAGUCUCCUUUGCAUCAUGUACAGAACCGCACGUAGGCAGGCAGUGGGAAAGGUUACAGAGAUACGUAAUUUCACACGUUUCCUGAUAUUCAGUUAUCCGACUGGCUUUCAGCACCCCCCGCCGUCACCGCGAGCAGCAGCUGUCAGGAUCUAGCGUGACGUUAAUGACGAUUGUCAGGAAUUCUUGUAAUAAUCUCUAGUAUAUUUGACACUCUAGCAAAAUUGGAUGUGGGUGGAUUUGUCAUGUUGUGUCUGUUGCAUGUUGUACAUACGUUGCUAAGUGGUACUUGUGAACGGAUUCGAAGGGAACAAAACAAUUUAUCUUGGGAAUAGACAUUAAAAUUAUUUGUUAGAAAAAAAAAAGGAGCUACAACUUUAAGAAAUAACGCUGCUACUUAGAUGUAACCUCACUGUACUGUAUUUUAUGUUUGUUUGGGGGAGAUUUAUCAAACCUUCCAGAGAGACAGCUUCUGUCGUGUUAUAGAGUGCUAGAUCAGUGAUUGCUGGACGCUGAUUGGUUUGUUGGUUGCGUCUCUCAGUGGUUUGAUAACAAUGUCACUAAUCUGUAAAUGUAAUAUUUAGGUGAACUGUGGUAACAUGUUUAUGAUCCUGCUACAGUUCACCCACUGUGUAGGAGUGGAAGUGAUAUUCAGGGGGGGGAAUUCAAUUAUCCACUGUAAAUUGAACCGGAAGGUAGCCCUGGGCUUUAACACCAGGGGCUAUUCAAUUGCACACCUGAUUUCUCCCGAUGGCCUUGUUAACAACUGUUAACCUGUUAAUGGGCAUUAACAUGAAAACGGGAGGUAGUCUCGAGCUUUAAUACCAGGGACUAUUGAAUUGCACUCCUGAUUUCUCCCAAUGGCCUUGUUAACGCCUGUUAACGUAACCUGUUAACGGACGUUAACAUGAAACUGGGAGGUAGCCUCGAGCUUUAACACCAGGGGCUAUUCAAUUGCACUUUUGAUUUCUCCCGAUAGCCUCGGUAACGCCUGUUAACUUAACCUGUUAAUGGGCAUUAACAUGGGUUAACAGGCAUUAACACAUAGAAUCCGUGAAAAGUUCACAGAUUUGAGUUUUAACAGGGUCGUGGCACACGUUAACUCCUGAGUUAUCUGGGUCUUUUUUCCGACCUGCUGAGACUUUGGGGCUAAUUGGAUAGCUCCGGGGGGAUUAAUUGCUGCUGCUAAUUUCUGCCCCAAGUAUUCAUUUUGUAAAAAAAAAAAAAGAAAGUCCUACAUAUCUUGAUAUGUUCUAUCUAUUAUUUAUUGUGUCAGAAAGCACAUACACUGUACUUUUUAUUUAGUUAUUUAUGCUCAAGUGGUGUUACCCAUACAUUCAGUAAUUUCACCGUUCUACAUCUAGUGCUUGGUGUUGGCACAGCGACAUCUCAUUAGGAUUCUAGGAGAGGCAGAGAAACCUCAUUCUUUAGUAUUCAAUUCUGUUGCUUAGUUGUUUAGUGGAUGCUUCUUUAUAGAAUUCCCAAGAGCUUAGGCUUUUCCAGGCUUGGGAAGGUCAUCACUUGAUCAUCAAGUAGAUAUUGACAUGCAAUGCAGGUGUGAAAGAGGGAUUGACAAUUGUAGUACAAAUAGUUCUUGUUUUCAUUGCCAUGUUUGUAUUGAGUGAAAUUAUAUCAUUUUAUAUUUGGCUGGUUUUUUUUUAACACUUUUUUUUCUUGGUGAGUUUUCUUGUUGCUGUAAACAGGAAAUGUUUCACUUUCAAUCCUUGUACAGCUAAGUUGGAUGCGUUACCUUCACCUGUUCCGUGAUUAAGUGGUUCAUGUCUGUUUUUUAUCAAAGCAAAUGCAGAUAUUGUUCAAUAUUUUACGAUACACUUUGUGCCCUGAUUUUUAUGCAAAGCAACACUUUUCCUUAUAUUUUGCAAUUGCUGUCUGCAUGUAGCUUAGGUGUUCUUUGUGAUUCGCAAGUUCCGUCGUCACUGGUACUAGAGGCAUCUUGCAAAGUCCACAAGAGCAAAACCUGCAUCACUGUUAUUUUUAGAAAAAGGAACUUAUAUAUAACGCCACUAUCUAUAGCUCCAGAUAGACUUGUCAUCUAGGCCUACGUUCCGGUGCAGUUACUAUACUUCCUCAUCAUGCAGAGGGGGGGAAAAAAAUUGUUUUGCUGGGGAAUAAAAAAAAAAAAAGCAAAUAAAAAAAAAUGAACAUUUUUUUAUUUGAUAGUCUUUGAAGUUUACCUGUUAUCUCUUGUCUCUUUGUUGAUUUUAAUCAUCUAUAUUUGAUGAGUGCAUAAAAAGAAUAGUGGUUCAGCUGUCUGUUUUUAAUCUCGAUAUUGAGGGGGAGAUGUAUCAACCCUUGUAACCAUCAUUUAAAGACUUUGCUAGGUAAAUGACUGAUUUGUUGCACUGGGCAGCUUUUCCUCUUUUUCCUUCUCCAAGGCUUGAUAAACUCGCCUGAUGACUGUGUUGUUGAAGUUAAGUUUCCGCUAGAAUUUCUUGUCUAUUAAGCUUUGUAAUUGGUUUUAUGUUCUUCUUAUAUUUAGUGACUAGAAUUAUAAGACAUUGCCAGAGUCGGAUUAAGGGGAGGGCGACAGGGGCAGUUGCCCCAGGGCCCCCAGAUGCAGAGGGGCCCCUACACAGUGUCAGUCUGACCCCGCAGUUGCUGAGUACAGGUGCCCAGUAGCACCUAUUCCCGGAUGGGAUCUGCUGCAUUCUGCAUAUAGAGAAACAGAAUGCAGUGCGGAGCGGCUCCAAACUUCCCUCAUCAGCGUCAUGUGACACAACACUUCCGUGCCGCCUUUUUAGGGACUCAGAAGCCGCUCUUCCCUGUAAGCAGAGUGUGGUGUAUACUCAGGGGACAUGGGUGAGGGGCCAAAAGGGGAUGCACUGCGUGGCAUACAGAAAGUGGGGGCACUGUGACCAUAUUGUGGGGCUUAAAAGGGCCAUUUUUGGGGGGAGGGGCCCCCACAACUUAGUUACCCGGCGCCCCAACAAGCAUUAAUCUGGCCCUAGGCAUCAUCUAAUGCAGAUGAUGUAAUAAUAACAAUUUUUAGUAAGGUUUUGUUUUUUACUUAUUGUCUGUUGUUUCUUUGGGCUAAAUGUAUGAAGCAGUGAUAAGUGUGGAGAAGUGAGCCAGUGGAGAAGUUGUCCAUGGCAACCAAUCAGCAUUGCAGUAACAUUUAUAAUUUGCAUACUAUAAAAUUAUACAGAGCAGCUGAUUGGUUGCCAUGGGCAACUUCUCCACUCUUAUCACAGCUUCAUACAUUUAACCCUUUGUUACAUAACUACUGCUGCUCUCACCGGCUAUUAUCUGGUGCUCACCAAAUCCAAUGCCAGUAAUGCUUACGCUAUAUAGCCUGCCUGGUAUUUUCCAAACCAGUACAUGCCAUUUAAAUAAAUGAAGCACGUGGAAACUUUUCAUUGACUUAUCGGUAUGAAUGUUUCAGUUGCUACAUAUAAAGACGUAGGGAAAAUUGCGACAUCUGGAUGUAAUCGUUAGAUAAUGUUUAUCGUACAAAUUAAAAAGAUAGUUUUUCACCAAAGUAUAUUUAUUAUAUUCAACCACCAGAAACUAUAAGAUUUGUACCCUUGACAAUAAUAUUUUGUUAUAUUAUUUAAAACAGAACAACAUCUAUUUGGAUAUAUAUUAAUAUAUUAUAUAGAGAGUUAUACUAAUAUUAUAAUGUACAGUUUGUGUCAUUGCGCAGUUCACCACUAUGGGGCUGAUUAUGAUGUGGACGCAAGUUCGAAUACGGACGCAUCCCGCGGAUAUCUACAAACAUAAAAUUAAAGCCAACAUGUUUGGGAUUGGCCUUGAUUUCUAUUAUACAUGCCAACAAACCUAGAAGCCAAUAGUUGCAGUCUGCAUGUGUGUGUGUGUGUGUGUGUGUGUGUGUGUGUGUGUGUGUGUGUGUGUGUGUGUGUGUGUGUGUGUGUGUGUGUGUAUAUAAGCCUGCUGCAUUGCUGUGACCCAUUGACCUCAGUGCGGUCAAGUAAGGGAUCGUGUGUAAAUAUGUGUAAAAACUGUCAUUGUGUUAGAGACUGUGCUAUUGUUGCAGGACAUGGUUUCUCUCUAUUGAGAGCACCUUAUAAUUGUAAAAGUCAGAUUUGACAAUGACAACAUUGUCUGGUCUUUUCAUAGUUAAAAAAAAAGCAUUGGUUGUAGUUUUGCAGAAAGUUAAGCUUGCCAUUGAUAGUGAAAUCCAUAACGUAUGUACUAUUUCUAUUUACUGCAGAGGUGGUAGAGGCUAAGACAGUAGAGCAAUUUAAACAUGCAUGGGAUAGACAUAAGGAUAUCCUUACAAAGAAAUAAGGAUCAAAUAAGGUUAGAGAUAAAAAUAAUAUAAAAAAAAAAAAAAAAGGGGCAGACUAGAUGGGCCAAGUGGUUCUUAUCUGCCGACAAAUUCUAUGUUUCUAUGUUUCUAUUUGCUGAGUCUAUUUAUAAAUUCUAGAAGUGAAUUAGCUACUGUGACCCACAGAGGGCGCUAACAUGCGUAUCCUGAUGGAAGAUAGACACUCAAUAAGUUGAUACCAGAUGGGCAACACGGUCAGAAGGUCGACAGGCAAAAGGACGACAUGGGCUUAGGUCAGUAGGGUCAAAAGAUCAACGGAUUAAAAAAGGGCCGACAUGCAAAUGGUAGACACCAAAAGGGACGACACGUGGUUUUAAAUGAUUUCUAGGCUUAGGAUUGGGAGAGGGUUAGGGUUAGGUUUGCCGGAGGGGACAGUUAGGGGUUAGGGUUAGCCAGAGGAAGGGGAUGGUUAAGGACCAGAUAGAGCGUUAGGAACGAGGGGUAUGGUUAGGGUUAGGCACUAGGAAUAGGGUUAGGAUUAGGGUUAAAAUAACAAAACAAAAACAGUGUUGACCUUUCUAUGCAUGUUGACCCAUUGACCCUGUCAACCGUUUAACCCAUUUGGCUGUCAACAAUCUGGUGCCGUCCUAUUAUUGACUGUCCAUAUACUGGCAAUCUUUUAAUUCACACCCGCUAUCAUGGCCCCUGUAGCCUGUGUGAGGGGCUAGACAUGGGUUUAGGCCACUAGAGGCACAGGAAAUCAGCAUUCUUUGCAGGGGCUGAUAUACUGACCGUGGCAUCCCCCCUCCCCGUAGCCUAACCCUAACCCUCCCCCGGCAGCCUAAACCUAACACCCCCAUGCCCCCUGCGGCUGCCCUCUCAGGCGGCCCGGCAAUUGGUCGUUCUGGAUCCCGGCUGUUGGGAUUCCGUGUCGGUCUUGUGACCAAGCAGUGUCGGUAUUUCAUAUUUCAACUGUCGGGAUCCCAACCGGAUCCCCUUUGUACCGUCUCCUGUAACAGCUGCUAUAGAUAUCUAUAACCCCACGUAAUUUCCUCAGGGCAGAUUUUUAUCAUGUUCUUCCUGUGACAAAUACCUACCUUAACGGUUUAUGGUUACUUACAAAUAGUAUUUUAUUUUUAUAUGAUGUGUACAGACCUUUCAGAGUAAUAUCUUCAUUAUCAUGGAAAUGACCGCAACACAGUAUGUCAGCUGCCACAGAACAAGCUUCCCGUUCUGUUCUCUGUGUCGGUGCGGACACAUCUUUCAGUAUAAACAAUAUGGCUUCAAAAAGUGUUUAUGCCAAAUCCAAUAGCACAUCAUUGGUUGAUUUGCCAUGUCUUAUGACCUGGACUCCUGUCAGUUUGCGUAGUGUAAAAAAUGCAAAUAGGUUCCUGUCACACCCACUAAGCAGGCCGUAAGCAUUUGCAUAUAUGCAGAUUUGCUGCAAUUUGUCACUUGCAACCACUGGUGACUGCAGAGCAGCGAAGGGGCAUUCUAACAUAGAGUACAGUAAGAGCCUGCAAACAGAUACAGACCCGCACAGAGACACAUAUAGACCUGGCCAAGCCGCAUAAAUGGCCUCCGCCAGAGUUCUCGCGCAUGUACUCAAUGAUAAUGACAGUCACCAGGAUUAACAGUCUGAUUGGCUGAUUAUCGAUUCAUCUCUGAAGCUGAUUGGGGCUUUUUUUUCUAUUGCUCAUUCAUAUAUAUAUAUUAUAUGAUUUUGUGAGCUACUUUAUUUUUGAUACUAGACGGAAAGAGUUUUUUUCAAGUUUAUUCAGAUCUAAAUGCGAAGGCAUGUUUCGCUAUCAACACAAAUAUUUUAAAGGGCGUCAGUGUAUCUGACUUACGUGUGACGUGAUCCUGGCAUAUAUGCAACUGGUGCGUCAUAAGAUCGUAUUGCACCUUUGCAAGGAAUGCAUUUUCCGUCUGCCAAUGAGUUCACGCUCAACAUCAGCCGCAUUGGGAGGGGUUUAAAUAUACACACCACGUUAAUUAUUAGUACGGCACUUGGUUCUAAGCAAUCCUGACAUUUCAUCUUCUCAGUGCUUCCCUUACAAGUUCACUCAGCAUCACAGACGGUGUAUGUCUUCCUGUAACAUCUGACGCUCCCUAGAUGGAUAGUAAUCAGCAAAAGUGCUUGAGCCUCUCUUUACGCUGCAUAAAGGAAGAAGGAAGAUGUGUGCGUGUGAUAAACCCCAAAGCCUGGUGUGUUUAUUGCAGAUGUAAACAAGAUACCUUUUAUGUAAAGUAUUGGUGUUAUAUCACACAAACCAGAAUGGAUAAAAUGUGUAUGCAAUGGCAACUUAUGUACAGCAAUGGUGAGCUUUGUAAAUGAAUUAGAGGAACCCUCUAUUAGGGCUUUACUCAGAGUUACAGUAGGUUUAAGGGCAAAUAAAGGUGCAGUUUGCUGCUGGGACAAACCAUGUUGCAAUGUAGGUGGUGCGUACUUAACUACUUUGACGGUUUCCUCUGCAGAAGAAGCCUGGAGAGGAAAAGGAGGUGAGCGGCUAUGUGGGACUGUGGUACUCUCAUCACUAGGCUCCACCCCCUUGUGUGUGUGUGGGGGGAGGGGGGGGGAAUCAGCACAUGUUUGCAUGUGGAACAGGGCCAAAUGACGCUGUUGCCAUAUAAAUCUCCCUCCUCAGAGUCCCGUAUUAUUCUCCCCAUUCUUUCCACUAGGAAAUGGGAGGGGUGCACACUCUUCCGGAGGGGCGAGGGACUACCUAAGGGACAUGCCCCUUCCCAACGCUAAAUCUCUCUGUACAUUUUACAUCGGCGCCACCUGCUGUACAACAUGGUUUUUCCUUUUUUCACACACCUAUGCUUUGCUCUUACACCUGACUCAGCAUUAGGUCAUUAGGGAUGCUGGUCAGGGGCCUGCAAUUAAUUGAAUAAAUAAAAUCAAAGAUAAGCAUUUUGUGGAGGACAACACCUAUUGGGCAUCAUUUAAAAUAGAGUUGUGUGUCCAUUUUACUUAGCAAAUUACACAAGUUCAGAAUGUGAAAAAUCCUUAGAGGAUAAUAGGCAUGAAGAGGUAGGAUGGGGGGAGAAUACUGAGUACAGUCGUUGAUGAUUGGCUGAUUGUGCUUACACGGCUGAUGCUGAUUGGUGCUUUCUUUAUUGCUCUGGCAUAUAUUAUACUUGUGUGGGUGCUGAAGUAAAUGUGUUUUAGUGGAGUAGCCUCUGAUGUAUUAGUGAAGCUUUAUUGAUGCCUAGAACCAAACGCCUAAUUUGCAAGCUAAACAAAUGGUUAUAAAAACGGGCAUGGAUGGGACAUAUGUAUGGCGUAAACCAGAAACAUAUGCUACCGGGGCCAGCCUGUAUGUACCUUAUGAUAGUUACAGCAUUGCAUAUACAUGCAAUCAUAGCUUUUUUAGUCAAUUCAAAUUGUAUUACAUACCUCCUAACUUUAGAGAAGUUCAGAUUAGGAAUGAUUUGAAAUCAGCAACUUUUACUAUCGAUGGGGGAGGACCAGAUGGUUUUCCACCAUCGAUGUUACAGAGGACCUGCAUGAGGGACACCGAGCCUAGUCCUGACACCCACAGAGCUCUUCCCCCAAGCUCUGAUUGACCUGCAGCUUGUGGUUCACUAAAGCAGAUAUGACCAUCGGUGUGUGAAACCAUCAAUGGUUCCCUUCCAGAUGGUUUCACACCAUUGAGGCAAUCCAUCAAUGGUAACUAUCAAUGGAUAACCCACCAAUAGCCAUCCCUAGUUCAGAUCGGGACCUUCGAUUGCACGUCUCUAAAGGUGGCAUGGCAGUGUGAUGGGUCAUAUCUGCGAGGCAUCUACUCACCACUUGCUCUGCUAAGCAGAACAGCAGGUGAGAGUGGGCCUCCCAACCUCCCCUCCAUGCGGGACUCUGCAGCCGGUGGGUGGGAUGACAGGUCUGGAGGUAUGCACUGAGUUUUUGUGCAGUUGUGGCAAACUCUACAUUAGGCUCAAUAUGUGAAAUCAGAUCAAAUGAUAGUCUUUGUAUAUUCCACAAUAUGCUGAUUCACUGUGACAUUCUAGAAUAAAAUGAAGAGUACUAUUGUUAUAGUGGAUUAUGUUUUCUUUUGUUGGAAAAAUGGCUGAUCAUGACUACUUAUAGUAAUAUAUGGCUAUAUAACAUAAUAGAUUGUGGUGGGUAGCAGAGUAUUUUGGCAAUCUUCAAGAGGGUCCUUCAAUCGGGUAAAGGUGCUUCGUGGUCUGUCCCAGAAUUGGGACAAAACACCUUAUCCAUACAGUGGCGGGGCAGACCCCUUAGGUUAUUACUAUUCUGCCUGAAUAGGAAUAUUUGGGACGUUAGUGUCCUUUUAGGGAACUGCUGGGCGUUUAAGGCCUAGAUUUGUUUUCUUCAUUUUUUUUGUAUUAAUAUGUAACAUACAAUAAUAUUACCCGGCCUGUUUUAUGUCUGUGUGUUUUUAGGAUUAGUCCUUAAUGAAAUGUAGCUGAUGUUUGCAGUGACGUCCAUCUUAAUUUGUACCUGCUGACCUACACAGAGAGGAGCAAACAUCUUCAUAAGAAUGCUGCCUACAAUACUUUGUGCCUCGCUGAUGUCACUAGGAGCUAUUGAAUUAAUAGGCUGAAAUAUUCAGUCAACAAAAUGGCGGCCUCCAGUGUAUCUCAUGCAGGUCCUGAGAGUCUAUGCUGCCUACAAUACUUUGUUCCUCGCUGAUGUCACUAGGAGCUAUUGAAUUAAUAGGCUGAAAUAUUCAGUCAACAAAAUGGCGGCCUCCAGUGUAUCUCAUGCAGGUCCUGAGAGUCUAUGCUGCCUACAAUACUUUGUUCCUCGCUGAUGUCACUAGGAGCUAUUGAAUUAAUAGGCUGAAAUAUUCAGUCAACAAAAUGGCGGCCUCCAGUGUAUCUCAUGCAGGUCCUGAGAGUCUAGGUUUGUACAUGUGCACAUUUAGUGAAGUAAGAUAAAGUGGAUGGAGGAUGCAUAUUCUAGCAUGAAGAACCACGCAGGCAUUUGCACCCAACAAGAGGACCUAUACUUCUUAAUGAAACGCGUGGGUGCCUGCUGUCUGCGUUUCAGUGGUGAAACUAAUUUAUAGGUGCACUUAACCUAAUGUACAAUAAAGCUUCACAGUCCCAGUGUUCUUACUCUUAGGAUUAAUGUAAACCAUGAAUGAGUUUCAUCUGACUAGUUUUAAUUGAAAAAUGUUAAUUUCAAUGAAUGAAAAGUGUGGCAUUAAUGUGGUAUGGGGUGGGACUGUUGAUGUUUACUCUUCGUCAGGUUUUUUUCGCCCUCUCUGCACACCUUUGUGGACUCUGGGCCUAAUUCGUUAUUUGUACAUGUGCGAUUGUCCUGGCUUGGCAAGUGAAGCUGCCACCCAGGGGGGAUCGCAAACUCAUUCUCAGUUGCGCUCACAUUCACAGUCUAUACGUAAAAAACGAGGAACAUUGGGUGUAAGGGUAGCCCUAUGGGUACGCACGCCGGACACAGCAGUAGCGACACAUGCGCCAUGUUUUUGCACAUACGAGCUCGCAGCUGACGGCAGAUAAACCCCUGAAAACAUCCAUGACACGCCAGUGUUUUUGCAACCACUCCCCGUUAACACCUCCAAACAGUCACUUCCUGUCAUAAAAUCCUCAUUGCUAGCAGGAUCGCAGCGGCAGCUUGACGCAUGCGCAGUGCAGUCGCGGCACGUGUGCAGCCUGCUGAUUAUCGCUCACUCGCAUGAACACCAGCCAUAGCGUACAAACAUAAAAUAGGCCCUCUUUCUAAAGCACCUUGAUGUGUGCAGGUCGGAGCAUCUAGAUACUCUGGCAUAAAAACCAAACAAAAGCACUUUGCAGUGCGUAUUGCGUGCAUAUGGUAAAUAGGGUGCGCUGUGUGUAGGUUAGGAGGUCACUCAAAUAUGCAGCAUUAAGCCUCAAGCAGGGAGGUCCGUAGAUCUGACGUUAUCACUGUGAAAUGCCGCAUUUCCCGUGUUGUGUGACCCGGAUGUAUCUUUUGUUUUCUUUCUAUAUAAUGUUUUUUAUUGUGUAUGUGUAAUAACAUGUCAUGGGAACCUCGUGCUGUAUAAUGUAUAAUGCAUCAUCUGCCUUGCUGUUCACUAUAAAGCCGUCUUAAACAUAUCUGUGUAAUUAACACAAUGAAACAUCUUCUUCUUGUUGACUGUAUGUGUGUGUAGGGAUGUGUGUUUGUGUUCGUACAGUCAUUUUGCGCCUUACAAUAUUUGUGUGGUAUAUCUGUGCAAAAUUAUCAGGAAAAUAUUUAUCUGCACUCAGGUAGACACUAAUGAAACCUCAACAGUAUACAUCAUGGGUCUUCAGCCUGCGGCCUUCCAGCUGCUGUGGAACUACACAUCCCAACAUGCCCUGCAUCAGUUUCAGCAUGCCUUAAUAGCAAAAGUGUGCAGGGCAUGCUGGGAUGUGUAGUUCCAAAGCAGCUGGAGGGCCACAGGUUGAAGACCCAUGGUAUACAUCUUGCCAAAAGUAGAAAACAUUGCACAGCAUAAACAUAGGCUAAAAGAUAAGAUAUAAACAACACGCGGAACACUUGGCCUUUUUUCUCGCACUGUUUUACGCUGUUUUGUGACCCAUUGUUGCAGAUUUGUGCUUCAUUUUAAGAUACAGAGCUGUUCACUGUAGUUUGUCUCACCCACCUUCUGCCGGGCUGGUUCUAGAAUACUGUGGUCACCAUAUUUCUAUAUAAAUGUAAGAGAGGUGUGAGACCAACAUGGCAUUUUUAAAUAAAUCUUUAUUAUUAUGUUUCAA